AUGCUUAACAAAGCUCUUCCUUCGCUGGGUAGUCUGUUCUUCGUCCCAGCCUCCUUCUUGUAUGGAGCUACACUUGUUGCGCGUGAUGAGAUGCCUACCUGGCCACCGUCACCGGCUUGGGCGAUCACAUUGAUGCCUUAUGUCAGCUUGACAUAUUCGAGUGUCUAUUACGAGUUCUUCGGCACAUUCGAAAAGCGUCUCAACCGCGCGCUCAGAGGCAGAACCCAGGUUGCCGAGGAGCCGCCAGCGGCGCCCCAACCACAAGCAGGCGAGCCAGCAGAGAGACUGCCCGAUGAUGAAGAAGAAGGGGUUGGCGCAGCUCUCUUUAGGCUCGGGAAUGCUGUAUUAAACCUGUUUGGUGGUGAAGAUGAAGUUGUGCUCGAGGCAGAGGUGAGGCUUGGGGCGCACGAGGAAGAGCAGCUAGCAGAGGAGCUGCAAGAAAUGAUAGAGGAUGACCCAGAGGCCAUUGUCAUGAUCGAGGAAGCUCUAGAAGAGGCAGCUAAUGAGCAAGCCGAACACGUAGCACAGCAUCAAGAAGAGGAGGGGGAUGAUGCAGCUCCGGCACCAGUCAUUCGAAUACAACGCAACGAGGAUCGACCAGCUGCUCAAGAUGAACCAGCUCAAGAUCCACCCGCCGAGGAGAACCGGCCGAAUACUACCUUGACUGAUAUCGUCAACGGUACUGUUACCGCGCUUCUCUUCCCUGCCAUCUCUUUUGGCGUCGGCGAGCUGUUGCGACUGGGCUUGCCUCGUGGCUGGGUCACUCGUGCUGUUGAAAGUGGCGCCAGACGAUCGCCAAACGGCUUGCUUCAGGAGCGCUGGGGUCGAAGUCUCGUGGGCGGAUGCCUGUUUGUCGUGCUGAAGGAUGCUCUCAAUUUGUACACCAAAUACAGACGAGUGGAGGUUCGCAAGCACAGGCAUGUCAAGAAUGUCGAGAGACGCAGAGGCGGACAGGGCGGAACUGCCGCUCCAUCAUGA